GAGCAAAGCUCUUCAGGCCGCUGUGCUGCCUCACACGCACACAGCCGAGUUACGAAUUACGUCGAUAAUUCAUCACUUUUUAUCGUACACCACGCCAUAACAACUGCGAAGUCUUGGGCCGCGUAGGAGAGCUGUGCACAACAGAGACCCGAAGGCGCACUCCACCAAAGCAUGGACGUCCCGGACACGCCCACGGCCGCCGAGGUGCCGCUCAAGGACACGCCCACGGAAGUCGACGACGACGCCGCCUCGGAUGCCAGUAGAGAGAGCUGGCCCGAUGUGACGGCUUUGGCCGCCCUCCCGGGCACCGCGUUUAGUGGAGAGGUCCACGCGCGGCGCGAUAACGCGCGCCUGGGCUGGCGCCGCUGCUCUGCGAUUGUGACGCGGGGCGACGGCGCCGCGGAGGCCUGUUUGCAGCUGACGGAAAAGACGACAUUGGUGAGAGAGCUCCAGCUGAGCAAUCUGUCCAUCUCAAUCGCGGAGAAGACCGGCGCCCUGGCGACGACGCCGCUCCAGGCCGCUCCCGGCGGGCGGCCCGCGUUUCGCAUCCGCGUCGAGGCGACGCCACCGCUAGAUCUGGGCUUUUGCGGUCCCGCGGCGGCGGCGGCGUCUACCCGUGAUAAGUGGCUCGCGGAGCUCGUGCUGGCGGGCUGUAUAGCGCCUCCUCCUGUAGCGUGCGGCGCCCUCGCUAUUAAACUGCGCGAGGGCGACACCGAUCGAGCCGAGGCGCUGGCGGCCGUCGGCCGGGCGCUGAUGACAGCGCGGCGCGUGCCCUUCCACGAGGACAUGGUGACCCUCGCGCGCGGGCGGCGGCCCGCGCUCGUCUGGCUCCGGGAGGGCGCUCAAGCCGCGGCUCGAGCCUGCGCGGCCGACGAUUCAAGGGUGGCGCGCGCGGCCUUUGGAGCCGCGGCGCACGUCGUCGACUUGAUAGAGGAGGAGGUCGCGGCGGACUGCGCCGUCGCGCUCUGCGGCGGCGCGCGGCGCGCGAGCCGCCGCGACGACGGCGCCGCCGCGCGCGAUGCGUGCGUCGCGCUCGAGGCAAUUAUAUCGUCUCCAACAUCGGUCGGCCGCGCCGCGCUGCUGCGCCUGGCGCGCGCGCCGCGCGCUUUGUUUGCCCUCGCUGGUUUAUUAAACGAGGAACGUCCCCCUACACCGGUCUGCAACAUUCUGGCAGCAACGCUCCACCGGAGGCGAAGUCUCGCACAACGAGGCGACGCAGCCUUCGCGCGCCUUUGUUGGACGCGCGUCACCCGGUUGCUGGAGGCGGGCGCCGAGGGCGCCGCGGCUUUGUGUGUUGCGUUAACACGGGCGUCGCGCAAGAAGGCGCGGACGGCGCUCGUCGACGACGCGUCGUUGGCGCCGGCGCUUGCGAAGGCGCUCCAAGGACAGGGGGAUCACGUCCUGGCGGUCGUAGCACUUAUCGGAGACGAUGCGGCGCUGAGCGAGCCGCCGCUUUCAUUAGAGACGGAAGGCGGUGGCGACGACGCGUCGUCCGACGACGACGCAGAACGAGCGGCGUGGUCGUCCGACGAGGGCGACACGCCUCCUCAAGUAGAGGGAGAGGCGUACGCUGUUGUGUUUGAAGGAGGAGGAGCGAGGGGACUGGGUCUAGAAUUGGCGGCGGGGCCCUGGUCUGACGGUGGUGUGGCGCCGUCCGUGCACCGCGCCAAUAGUUUUACGCGGCGCCAAGGUGUUGAGAGAGGCGAUUUGCUGGUCGAGGUGAACGGUAGAAGGGUCGAGUACUCAAUAGAGAAGGACGCAUCUUCUCAAAUAGUGAGGGAGGCCAUGGUCGCGGCGUGUGCGGCCGUCAGAGAUGCGCCGUGGCCGAAGCGGUUGGUGUUUCUGAGGAGACGGGCGGUCGAAGCACCUUAUAAGCGAGUAUCAGCAUCAGCUUCCGAGGCGAGACGUACAUUGACGGAGGCCGGGGUCGGUGAAGCAUGUGUGCGAAGAUUGGAAGAAGAACAAUCUAGGUUGAGUUGCGACGCGUGCGCGGCUUUAGCGAGGGAGCUGUCUCCUGAUUUACGGGAGAGAGCUGUGUCAGUGGCGGCGCAGAUGGACCAUUUAGCAGCUGCUAGGCUGGUCGCGGCCUGCCUUCCGCAUGAUGCUGACCAUGAUGACGACGCCGGCGUGGCUGGCGCGUUCCCGACGGACGACGAGCACUUUUUUUGGGGCGAUGUUAUACAGAGAAGGAACGCAUCUUCCCUCAAUGUUAUGUUAGAAGAAGGACCGUUGGGAUGCGUCGUGGAGGUGCACCGGUGCGAUCAGGGGGUGAGGUGCUGCCGCGUCGCCUCGGUCAAAGAGGGGUCCCGCGCGGCACAUGCGGGCGUGCUGGUGAAUGAUGUUGUGGAGGCCGCGAACGGCUACGCCCCGCCUUUUGAGAGUGACGAGGAGGAUGCCCUAUCGACCUUCUUCGCGGGCCUGGGCUUUCCGCUCCGGCUGUCGUUGCGGCGCCGUUCCGAGAAUUGCGACGAAGCUCCUCCAAAAAGGGAAGAAGAAGGCGACGCUCUGGAACUACCAGAACCCUUCCUCAAGAAAUGUAUAGCGGAGCUCCUCUAUACCAGUGAAGGCGCCGCCGUCGCGUGUAAAAUUAUUGAAAGGGCAGAACCGCGAGAAAUCAUCUACCAGAGGUGCAUGGACGUGCGCACGGCGACGGCCCACGCCGUCGCCGUCGAGCCGGGCCGCGUCCAGUCAUUAGCUUCGUGGACGCCCGACGACGAGGACCCCACGGUCUCGCGGGACGAGGCGGCGUCGCGCGUCCCGCUCGCCGACGCCGAGGAAUCAGAAGACAUACCUCUCGUGCGGGACGCGCCGCGCGUCCUCUCCGCGUCGACCCAGCCGUCGUACGUCGACGGCGGUACUAUGAUAGAUGAGGAGGAAUCUGUGGUUGUCCCGGGGUCGGCCUUGUCUCGAUUGCUCGAGCUGGCGACGGGCGACGACCUGGCGUUCGGUGCCGGCGAGGCCGCGGCGCGGCGAGACACCGAGGACCAGUUCGUGCGUAUUGCUGCGCUGCGGGCGCUUGCGGCCUUGUGCCGCGGGAACGCCCGCAUUGCAGAGGCCACGGUCGUCGAGGGGUCCCUGCCGCGCGUCGUCGCGUUGGUGGGCGGCGCGCGGGGCGGCGCCGUCGCGGCGGCGGCGUGCGGGUGCCUGGCCGCGGUCGCGGGAGCGUAUCACGAGUGGAGCCCGUCGGGAGCCUGCGCGUCCUUAAAAUGGCUCCUGCGGCCCGUCGCGCCGCGGACGCGGAAGCGGAGGGUUAUUGAAGAUGCGGCGCCGGGCGCCGUGGGCCCGCCGCCCAUGUCUUCGUCUCAGUCACUCGUCGGCGCGUGGUCCGUCGACGCGCGGCGCUGCAAGGAGGCGGCCCUCGCAUUACUACACGUCGUCGCGCGCCGGUCGGAAACCGACGCGCACGACGCGCACCUCUCGGGCGCGCUGGACGCGGCCUGCGGAACAUUUCUGGGCACGGAACAUACUGAGAACGUGUUGUUGAUGUGCGCAAGCGUCUCUACGAACUUGAUCGGCCCGGAGUGCCUCGCUAGCAUCGCCUCCGUUCUCGACCCGAAUCUCCCGGGAGGCAGCGCCUGGGGGGACCGCGAGGUCGCGCGCCUGGGGGGCGACGUGCUCAAGCUCGUCGCGUCGGGCGGGGGGGCGGCGCGCCUCGCGGCGGCGCCCGGCGCCGUCGCGGCACUCGUGCGCCACGCAUCCGUGCACCCGGCCUGGGAUUCGAUCCGCGCCGUCGCGGAGUUGGCGGAGGCGGAGCCGCUCGCCGUGGCGGCGACGGGCAGCCUGCUGGGGGCCGCGAUCGCCGCGGCCUUUGAGCUGAACGCGGCCGACGACGCGCUGCUGGCCUUCGAGCGGUGCCGCGCCGCUUCUGGCCCUCGGGCGGCCGACGAGGUCGUGGAGGCGGCCGCGGCCGCGGCGGAAGGCGCGCCGGCGGCGCUCGCCCGGCGCUGCGCUUCUGGCGACGACGCCGCGUACAUCCUGGCGAGGGCGGCGCCGGCCGGCCGGCGGCGCGACGUUCUGGACCGCCUGCGCAGAGGACCCGCGCGCGCUGGCCCCGCUCGUCAUGGGUGACCGGACGUCGGCGUGCGUCGCGCGCGCGUCGCGGGCCAUCGUCGCCGGCCUAGAAAAGGACGCGUUCGCCGAGGCGUGCCGCGCCUUUCCGUUCGAGGCCGUCGCCGCCGCGGCGCGGGCGCUCGCGGAGGCGGCCGGCCCCGACGCCGUCGCGGCGCUCGCGGCGCUGGACGCGCGCGGUUUGCUCACGGAUCUGGGCCCCGUACUCGCGCGGUCGCGGUGCCGCGCGCUCACGUCAUCAGACGAAUCGACGCGGGCGGCGGGCGUCCGCGCGUGCGGCGACGACGUGAUCGCGCGGGCCGCGGCCACGGCGGCGGGGGCCUGCCACGCCGAAGCGCUGGACCGGGCCGCGGCGCACGCGCAGCGACCGAGCGUCUCCAAGGAGGCGGCGGCCCUCUGCGCGCUCGAAGCCAUCUUGACCUUCGGUACAAGUGCGCGCCGGACCGUUACGACGGACGUGGACGCCGCUCUAGAAGCGCGCCUCGGCGACGAGAGUGACGCGGCGCUCGGGUGCUUUGCGCUGCUGGCGGCCGGCGACGCGGCGCGGGCGCGCGUUUAUUCAAGGGCGGCGGUCGUGGACGAAGUUGUGAGGCGGUUGGAGGACGACCGGUCGCUGGCGGCGGCGCGGUGCGCGGCGGCGCUGGCGUUCUGCGCGGCGCCGGGCGACGCGCUCGGCCCCGCCGUCGCGGCGGCGCUCGUCGCCGUCACGCUGCCCGCGAGCCCGCCGCUGGUCCAGGACGACGUCUCCGUCUCCUUAGACGAGCUGCCGCCGCACCUGGCGCAGGUCAUCGGCAAGAAGGUGGUCAUUCCCAUGCAGCAGGGUGGCGGCUACGGCGUCGUCGCGUGCAUCCAGGACGGCAUCUGCGAGGUGGCGGUCCAAGGGAGCGACCCGGAGGAGUUCGUCACGUCGUACAUCGACGAGCUCGUCAUGGCCGACGGCACGAAGUUGUACGUGCCGCCGGCCGCGGAAUCCGGCGCGUCCAGCGAGUCCGAGGCCGCGGCCGAGGCCGCCGAUCCGCCCGCCGCCGAAGCGCGCGAGUCGAGCGACGACGAGGCGCCGCCGCCUCCAGCCGAGGAGGCGGGCGAGCUGGACGAAGAUAGCAUCGGCGUCUCACGCACCCCGCGAGGGCGGCCUACCGCAUGGCCGCGCGCGGCGCGCUCGUCGCGUCGCCGGAGUUGGUCCGUCGGCUCGCGCGCCUCGUGCGCCUCUACAAGGACGAGGCGCAUUGCGUCGGUGAGGGGGCCGCGGCGCGCGCGCUCGCCCAGGUCGUCGACGCCCAGACGAUCAGCGACGAGGGCUUGCUGGGCACGAUCCUGGACGAGGCCGUCCUGCCGCACCUGGCGCGGCCCUGCGCGGCCGUCGUGCUCGCCGCGCUCGCGCGCGCGGCCGUCGCAAGCGACAACAGGGCGGCGCUGCGCCCGGCGCUCGCGGGGCGCCUCAUUCCACUGGAGGAUGCCGCGCCGACGUGCGACCCCAUCCGCGUCCUGCUGGAGACCGCCUCCACCAUCGGCUUUCGCCCGGGCUACUUCGACGCGCCCCCGGAGGCGCCGGCGGCGCCCCAGCGAGCGGCGCUGUUGACGUGGCUGCACGAGCACGUGUCGGACGAGGCGCGGCGGGUGUUCGUGCUGCGGGCGUGCGACGGCCUCGACGACCUGGCGGCGACACCCGACGCGGAGGACGUCCUGUCGCUGGACACGUGGCCGGCGCUGGCGGCGCUUCCUACGGGCGCUCGCGGCGCUGCGGGGCGAGGCGCCGGCGGACGAGGAGGACGAGGCGGAGCCGCCGGAAGUGGAGCUCGAAGUGGACUCGGACGCGGAGGAGGAGGCCGGCGACGCGGAGGAGGAGGAGGACGACGAGGAGGACGACGAGGAAGAGGACGAGGCCCUCGCGGCGGCGCUGGCCGCGUCGCGGCGGUCGCUCGCGGAGGAGGACCAGCGGCGCUUGCGGGCGGUCGCCGCGGCGUCGCUGGGCGCCGUCGAGGCGACGCCCGUGCCCGACGGCGUGCCCGACGGCUACGACGCGGCGGCGGCCGUCGAGGCGCUCUCCGUGGGACCGCUGCCCGAGCUGCCGCGGUCGUCGUCGCUCCAGCGCGUCGCCGCGUCGGACGCGCUCGACGAGGCGUCGGGUCCCGCCGCGCCGCGGUCCCGGAGGACGAGCCUACGUCCGCCGAUGCCGCGCGACGCCAAUUGGAGGCUGAUGCUGCCGAUGCACUGGCGGGUCUGGAGGCUGAGGCGAAUCCCACAGAAACGCCCGCGCCCGAAGCAACGGCGCCCGAGCCACCGACGCCCGAGCCCGCGCCCGAGCCAGAGCCGGCGGCCGAGCCCGCGCCGGCGCCGGCGCCUCCCGUGGAGCUGACCGAGGCGGCCCUCGAGGCCGCGCUGCAGCGCCGCCGCGCGGCCCGCGCGGCCGCGGCGCGCGCCGCCGCCGCCCGCCGCGCCGGCGCCGGCCAGCGGCCCGGCGCCGGCGCCGCAGGCGCCGUCGCCCGCGCCGUCGAGCCGCCGGAGCACGCUCGACUCCGAGUUCGGCGAGGACCUGCAGGCGGAGCUGCGCCAGCUCGAGCUCGAGAUGGCCGGCGGCGGGGCCACCGAGGCGCCGCCCGCGGCCGCGCCCGCGCCGCCCGCGCCGCCAGAGCCAGUACCUACGCCGCCGCCGGAGCCAGCACCUACGCCACCGCCGCAAGCGCCACCGCCGCCGGCCUCCGCGCCGCCGCCCGCGGAAUCGACGCCGCCACUACCGGCCGCGCCGGAGCCCGAGGAGUCAGAGCCGGAGUACGCGUCCGACGCGUCGAGCGAGUUCUCCCAGGAGCCGCUGCCGGCGGCCACGGCCCCGCCCGCCUACGACGAGGCCGCGCUGCCGCCGCCGCCGGCGUACUUUACGCUGGCGCCGCCGCCGCAGUCGCCCGCGGCCGAGGCGGACGAAGCCGCGCCCAACCCCUUCGAAGGCGACUCCGACUCGAGCUCCGAGUGGUCGCAGGAGCCGCUCCCAGUCGAUGAGGCGGCGACCGUGGAGGAGCCCGCGUUACCGCCGCCGCCGGCCUACUUCGCGCUGGCGGCGCCGCAGCCGGCGCCCGCGCCACCCAGCUACUCUGCGCUCGCCCCGCCGCUGGAGCCCGUCGCCGAGGCGCCCGAGGAGCCGCGGGAAGAAGAGGACGACGCCGCGUACGAGUCCGAGGCCUCGUCGGUCUGGAGCCAGGAGCCCGGCGGCCCGGACCACGCCGUCGAGGAGCCCGCGUUACCGCCGCCGCCGGCCUGGGACUCGCUCAUGCGGCCCCCCGAGCAUGUGCCGUCGCGACCGAACCCCGAGUCGGAGCGCGAGCGGGCGCCGCCGGCGCCACCAAACUACUCGUCGCUGCCGGUCUCGCCCGCGCCGCCCGCAACGCCAGUGCCACCCGCCGCGCCGCCCGUGCCGCCCGUGCCGCCGCUGCCACAACUGGCGCCGAACCCGUUCGACGACGCGCCGGAGGAGGAGGACGCCGACCUGGCGCGGGCGCUGGCCGCGUCGCGCGCCGACAUGAGCGCCGACAUGUCGCGCGACGAGGCGCUCGCGCGCGCCCUGGCGCAGGACGACGCUCCGCCUCCGGCUGCGCCGGAGGACGCGGCCCUGGCCCAGCAGCUGGCCGACGAGGCCCUCGCGCGCCAGCUCGCGGAUCAAUUCGCGGCCGAGGAGGCGGCGUCGAGCCCAGCGCCGGCGUCGCCGGCGCCGCGCGCGCGGAAGAAGAAUGCGAUUCGGUUGUUUUAA